GUCAUUUCCUGUAUGAAAAAAUGGCGACCAUCUACUUUGCUGUGGACAAUUGAACUGUUUUGGUGCUUUCAGGAUCCGAUUUGCUUCAUUAUGAAACAACUCCUGAUUCCGUGAUAACAACCGGAUCGGUUCAAACGAGGCUCGAAAAUUCGUCACCAUGAGCAGCCGAAGAAAGAGGGCCCCACCCGUGAGGGUGGAUGAAGAUGCCAAGAGACAGUUGGAGUGGAACAUGUUUGAGGAUCGCAAGAAUGAGGAGAUCCAGGAAGAGGACCAGAUGCCAUCCUGUUCCAUUCUUUCAGUUGACACCACCCCGGGCAGCUCUUUUCUCUCAGUUGUUGAAGAUGUGACGGAGGCUCCCUGUUCCCGAUCUGUUCGGUUUUCAGAAGAGUUUCCCAGCACCGCCUCAGACAGCACCUCUGCCUUGCCCUCGCUGGCACUGUCCGUGCUGCCAGCUUUGAAGCUGGCUCACAUCUGGAAAGCCCUCAUCGGGGAGUUCAUCCUUCGACCGGUUUGGCUAUCAUCUGACUAUGAGUGGAAGGUUUUUACAGUUCACAGGAAAGGUGAGCAGCUCUACCUCAGUUACAGCAGCUGUGAUGAGAGCUCAGAUCUGCAGUGGAGGCCGGACGACGACAGCUGUACAGCCGAGUGUAACCUCAGUCGGAUUCUGCUGGAAGAACUCGACUGGCUGCAGAAGAGGAGGGUGGUGCAGCUCUGCCAUCAGACCAAAGAUCAGGAAGUCAAGGUGGGAAUUUACCUGCUGGAAACUGGACUCGGAAAGCCGGAUUUCCUCAGUGAGGGGAAUGCUCGUCUGAAGAAAGCAAAUCAGCUGAUGCAGAAAUUAAUGGAAUAUUUCUACGAUUUCAUCAUUCCUGAAGUUGUAGAGAAUGAAGAGGAAGAGAGCGACACCGACCUGGAGAGACAGAAUGUGGAGGAACUUUAUGAUCACGUGAGACUCGUGCACCAGAAGGAGAACCAGGAUGUGACCUAUGAUGUCCAGCACAAGGCUCUCAUUCCAUUUCUCAGACGGUAUCAGUGCCAGGCGGUCAACUGGAUGCUGAGGAGAGAGAAAUACAGGAACACGGCUCCUAAAGAACAGUUUUUGCAUUUCCUCUGGCGAGAGUUAAUUACUCUGUGUGGCAAGAAGCUGUUUUACAAUCCUUUCACUGGCUGUUUAAUUCGAGAGUUUCCUCUGGCUGGUGUCGACUGGCCUGGGGGGAUUCUGGCUGACGAGAUGGGGCUCGGUAAGACUGUGGAGGUUUUGGCGCUCAUCUUGUUUCACACUCGUCAGGACCUGCAGCAGGAUGCCUUCACGCUGCCUGUGGGAAAAUCUGUGAAUUAUUUUGUUCCUCCUCGCCCGCUGGAAAGAGAGAAAGCCAUACGCUGCAAGUCUGAAGCUCAGCCGAAGAUGAAAAUAUCCCACCCAACUGUGCGCGUCAUGCUACUUAAUGCAAUAAAGGAGAUGCGAUCUGGCAAAGGCGCCUCAGUCAACGCCGUAUUCACCUAUAUCCGAGCUACUUAUGGCUUCGACCUUCUGAAGAACCGCAAUCACAUCAAGAAGACGCUGGCGAAGCUCAUAGAUGAGGGCGUGGUUCAGAGGGUCAAAGGUCGAGGCUUGGCCGGGUCAUUCAAGCUGGGAAAGAACUUCAAAGAAACCAAGAAAACUUUAGCAGGCGCGACCAAGUCUGUAAGGAGUUUUAAAAAUGCAGAGAGCACACCCAGGAAAACGUUUCAGAGACGAGCCAAGGAGAAGGCUGAAGCAGCUCUGCAGAGCUCUCUCUCAGAGGACCAGAAGGAUCUAAGCUCUGAAGCGGACUGUCUUGAAGCAGAAGGACGGGACGAGUGUCUGAGCGGGAAAACUAAUCAACCAGAAGAUGUGCGGGAGACCUCCUCAGCAACCUUCCAGAUGUCUCAGGAUGACUCUGACAUUCUGGAUGUGGCCAGAGUCGACGGUUUACCUGCAGAAAGAGAAGCUUCUCAGACUGAAUCACGUGAGGGGACAGAAACUCCAACCAGAGCUUCUCUAGCUCCGUUCCACACCCCCGACUACCGCUUUGAGUGUAUUUGUGGAGAGUUGGGCAUCAUUGACUACAAGGCCCGUGUUCAGUGUAUGAACUGUCAGCUGUGGCAGCACGCAGACUGUGUGAACUACAAGGAAGAAAGCCUCACAACAACUCCGUUCUACUGCCCACACUGCCUGGUAGCCAUGAAGCCAGUAUCCACUGGUGCCACGCUCAUCAUUUCCCCCAGCUCCAUCUGCUACCAGUGGGUGGAGGAGAUCAACCGGCACAUCAGGUCCUCCUCUCUACGGGUGCUGGUUUAUCAGGGCGUGAAAAAACACGGAUUCAUCCAGCCGCGAAUGCUCGCCGAGCAGGAUGUGGUCAUCACCACCUACGACGUGCUCCGCUCUGAGCUCAACUACGUCGACAUUCCUCACAGCAACAGCAAAGAUGGCCGCCGCUUCCGCAACCAGAAGCGCUACAUGGCUGUACCCAGUCCCUUGGUUGCCGUGGAGUGGUGGCGCAUCUGUCUGGACGAGGCUCAGAUGGUGGAGUGUCCCACCGCCAAGGCUGCAGAAAUGGCUCUGCGUCUCGCAUCUGUCAACCGCUGGUGUGUCAGUGGCACGCCCGUCCAGAGGGGCUUGGAAGAUCUGUAUGGACUUGUGCUUUUCCUCGGAGUUGACCCAUACUGGGUCAAACACUGGUGGGAUCAGCUGCUUUACCGCCCCUAUCGCCGUGGAAACACAGAACCCCUGUACAAUGUGGUUGCACAGAUAUUAUGGCGGUCAGCUAAAAAAGACGUCAUUGACCAGAUUCAGAUUCCCCCUCAGACAGAAGAGGUCCACUGGCUUCGCUUUUCCCCCGUUGAGGGUCACUUCUACCACCGGCAGCACGAGGUCUGCUCCCAGGACGCUUUGGUCAAACUCAGGAAAAUCUCAGACUGGAGCCUGAAACUCGGCAGUCUGGACCGGCGCACCGUCACCACCAUCCUGUACCCGCUGCUGAGGCUGCGGCAGGCCUGCUGCCACCCGCAGGCCGUGAGGGGGGAGUUUCUGCCUCUGCAGAAAAGCACCAUGACAAUGGAGGAGCUCCUCAAGUCCCUGCAGAAGAAAUGUCGAGUGGAGUGUGAAGAAGCUCACAGACAAUUAGUGUGCGCGCUCAAUGGCUUGGCUGGCAUUCACAUCAUCAGAGGUGAGUUUGGAGAGGCUGCAGAGAUGUACAGAGAAGUGCUUCGUUCAUCAGAGGAGCACAAAGACAGGCUGAAAACCGAUUCGCUGCAGAGGCUCCACGCCACCCACAACCUGAUCGAACUUCUAAACGCAAAGCAUGCUGGGAUUCCUCCAACUCUGAGGGACGACCGACUCAACGAAGAGGCCGAGCAGCUGCGGCAACACUACAUGACCAAAUACGACUCUGAGGUCGUCGACGCCCACCAGGCCUUGCAGCCAGUGCUGCAGAACAUCAAAGACCUGAAACGGAAAGUUAAUUUAAACUCUCCCUGGUGGCUGGAGGUCGUCCAGAGGUCGGUUCGCUGCUCCACGGACGACGACCUGGUGUCCCGCGUCCAGAAUGAGCUGACCUGCAGCUACAAACAGCAACCCAACAAGCUCUCCAUGGCAGACAAGUUCCGUGAUGCCAGCGGUUUGCAGUUUCUGCUCACCACCCAAAUGCAGGACCUGAUGAAGUCCCAGAAGACCGUACGAGAUGCGGUGAAGAGUCUGGAGGGUCCGGCUUCUAAAGAAGUCAUCGAAGAAGCCACCGUUUGCCACCUCAGGCCCAUGAGGCUUCCACUCAACAACUGUGUGUUUUGCAAAGCAGACGAACUCUUCACUGAUUAUGAAUCCAAGCUGUUCGCUCACACGGUGAAAGGUCAGACGGCCAUCUUUGAGGAGAUGAUCGAGGACGAAGAAGGUUUGGUGGACGACCGUCUCCCCACCACCAGCCGCGGCCUGUGGGCGGCCAGCGAGACGGAGCGCACCCUGAAAGCCAUCCUGUCGUUUUCUAAAGCCAAGCGCAUGGACCCGGAGCUGGUGGAGGAGGGGAACACUUUUAUGGAGCUGUUUGAGAACUGGAAGAAGGAGUACAAGGUGCUGCACGAGUACUGGAUGGUGUUGCGGAACCACGUGUCGGCCAUUGACGAGUUGGGAAUGGCCACCGAGAGACUUCGUGUUCGUCUGCCUGAUGAGCCCAAACCCAAACUGCUGCACAUCAUCGAGCCUCACGAGGUGGAGCAGAACAGAGUCAAGCUUCUGAAUGACCAGGCUGUGGCCAAGUCUCAGCUCCAGAAGAAGCUAGGGCAGUUUCUGUACCUGACCAACCUGGAGAAGUCACAGGACAAGUCAACCGGAGGGCUGAACCCAGAGCCGUGUCCCAUCUGUGCCCGACCUCUGGGUCAGGAGUGGGCCGUGCUGACUUGUGGCCACUGCUUCUGUAACGAGUGCAUCGCCAUCAUCGUGGAGCAGUACAGCGUGGGCUCAAGGCGGCGAGCCAUCAAAUGUGCCAUUUGCAGGCAGACCACAUCCCACACAGAAAUCUCCUACGUGUUCACCACUCAUUCAUCCAGCCACAACCAGGAAAUACCGGUCAAGGGAAGCCACUCCACCAAAGUGGAAGCAGUGGUGAGAACGCUGAAGGGGAUUCAAAUGACCGACCCCGGAGCCAAGUGUCUCGUCUUCUCCACGUGGCAGAGUGUCCUGGACAUCAUCGCCAAGGCUUUGUUCGACAACAACAUGGACUUUUCACAGAUCAAUGGAAUUCACAGAUUCCAGGAGAAUCUCACUUCUUUCAAGUAUGAAGAGAAGAUCAACAUCCUUCUCCUUCCUCUCCACACGGGCUCUAAUGGACUGAACAUCAUCGAAGCGACGCACGUGCUGCUGGUGGAGCCGAUCCUCAACCCGGCUCAUGAGCUCCAGGCCAUCGGCAGGGUGCACCGGAUCGGACAAACCAAGCCGACGUUUGUUCACAGAUUUCUCAUCAAAUCCACGAUCGAAGAGAGGAUGCAGGCGAUGCUGAAGACAGCAGAAAAGAGCCACACCAGCACGACGAUGAGGCACUCAGAGGCCGCCGUUCUGACCGUGGCCGACCUGGCCGAUCUGUUUACUGAUGACACUGAACCUCUGGAGUUACCCCAAACAGCUGGUUGCUCUUAAAGCAACAUCCUGGUGAUAGAUCUACUCUGAUUUUGCACAUUCCACUUUUUUAAACACCCUAAUAAUUAUGAAAAACAUUUCCAAAAGACUGAUAUUUUGAGUAACAGAAACAUAAUAAAUAAAUACGUAAUAAAAUUGGGUUUUUUUUGUGUGUGUAUUUAAAGUAACACUUGACAUGUUUUGGAGCAGUAGGAGGGCGUGUUGUUCUAGGUGUUAUUUCCUGGCUUGUGUCUGACUGUACAGUGGUUGCUUGUGUUAUUAUAUAUGAUAUUGUGUCUUUAUAGAUGGCCCCUCUGUAUGGAGAUACGUAAAUCCAGAGUUGGAACGCUGUAGUCUCUGUUUAAAACGUGAUCUCACAACAUUCAGGAAAUAAAAGUCUUUUAGUGACAGGAAGUCACUCUGUAACAACAAGCUCUCUUGGUGCUUUUAUUAGUUUUAUUAGCACAGAAGCAGGAAUAAAGUUUUAUAUCUGCACUCAUUUAA